UCAUGUGAAAGUCACAUGCAUAAGACACAUCUUCGCUUAGACUAACGAGUCUUCAAAGUAAAUAAGCAGUAAGAGAGAGAGAGAGAGAGCUCACUUUUCCUGUUCCCUUCACUCCUAAAAGCUCUUUAGGAGGGAAGGGAGACCAUGGAGGAGGAAAAGAAGAAAAAGCUCUAUAGUAGUACAAUUGGAGCUCCAAUAAUUCCCAGAUGCGCACAACUUUGGUGUUUACUACUAUCCAUCUUUGCCAUUUCUGCCUGUGCUCAAGCUUUUGAUUAUGCUGAUGCUCUCAAAAAGAGUCUCCUCUACUUCGAAUCCCAACGCUCCGGGCGGUUGCCGUACAACCAAAGGGUCACUUGGCGUGACCAUUCUGGCCUCACUGAUGGCCUUGAACAAGGAGUGGACUUGGUGGGAGGAUAUUAUGAUGCUGGUGACCAUGUAAAGUUUGGGCUACCAAUGGCAUUCACUGUGACAAUGCUUUCAUGGGGUGCCAUUGAAUACCGGCAACAAAUUGCUGUUGCCGGUGAAUUGGAGCAUGCGAUGGAAGCUAUUAAGUGGGGCACUGAUUAUUUCAUUAAGGCACACACUAGUCCAAAUGUGUUGUGGGCCGAGGUGGGUGAUGGUGACACUGACCACUAUUGCUGGCAACGGCCGGAGGACAUGACGACGUCGCGGCAAGCAUACAAGAUUGACGAGAACAAUCCGGGGUCGGAUCUUGCCGGAGAGACAGCAGCAGCAAUGGCAGCCGCAUCAAUAGUUUUCAAGAAAACAAACCCACAUUACUCACACUUACUCCUACACCAUGCCCAACAGUUGUUUGAGUUUGGGGACAAGUAUAGAGGAAAGUAUGAUGGGAGUGUGGGAGUGGUGAAGAGCUACUAUGCGUCGGUGAGUGGGUACAUGGAUGAAUUGUUAUGGGCAGCUUUGUGGUUGUACAAGGCCACCGACAAGGAUGAGUAUUGGAAGUACCUUAUUGACAAGGCUCAUUGCUUUGGUGGCAUUGGUUGGGCCAUCACAGAAUUCAGCUGGGACGUGAAGUAUGCUGGUCUUCAAGUCAUUGCCUCAAAGUUGCUUAUGGAAGAAAAGCACAAGAAGCAUGCUCACAUACUUGAACAAUACAAAUCAAAAGCCGAAUACUACAUAUGCUCAUGCCUCAACAAAAACAAUGGCACCAAUGUAGAACACACCCCAGGCGGCCUCUUAUAUGUCCGGCAAUGGAACAACAUGCAAUACGUUUCAACAGCAGCUUUCCUACUCACAGUAUACUCUGAUAUCCUUCAAAACUCAAAUCAAAAGCUCAAAUGCCAUGGAGGAAUAGUGGGCCAUCAAGAAAUCCUCAGCUUUGCAAAAUCACAGAUUGAUUACAUUUUGGGGUCUAACCCAAUGAACAUGAGCUAUUUAGUGGGCUAUGGUUCAAAUUACCCCACAAUGGUGCACCAUAGGGGAGCCUCAAUUGUGUCAUAUAGAGAGAACAAGGGGUUCAUAGGGUGCACCCAAGGCUAUGAUUACUGGUACAGCAGUCAGGAGCCCAACCCCAAUGUUCUAGUUGGGGCCUUAGUUGGAGGACCUGAUUGUCAUGACAAGUUUGUGGACCAAAGGGAUAAUUAUAUGCAGACUGAGGCCUGCACAUAUAAUACAGCCCCAUUGGUUGGAGUUUUGGCAAAGUUGUUGCAAUUAGAGGACCAGAGUUUGGAUCUGAAUCAUGAUUCGCCUUUGCUGGCUUCUUAUUAGAAAUGGUAUCAGAUGAAAAAUAGUCUUGGAUAUUCUAUAACAACAUUCCUCUCCUCUUUUUAUUUAUUUAUUUGUUAUUAUUAUUAUUCUUUUUUUUUCUUUUUUUUGGUGGCUGAAGUAAGGUGUGCCAGCCCAUGUGUACCUUCACUAUUUUGCUAUAUUUGAAAUACAGUUAAUACAGGAGUAUAAAAGGUCAGCAUUGUUACCUUC